GGAGGAGGAGGAGGAGGAGGAGGAGGAAGGGACUGAGGUCCCCUCCAAUAUGACUCUGGCAGGCUUCAAUAGCUCUCUCCCUGAAGCGUGUCAGCCAACCAAUGGAAUCAUCAGCUGCAGGGGGAUGGGCCUGGCGUACCUGCCAAACAUCUCUGACCUGGAGGUCACACAGCUAGACCUGUCAGAGAACAACAUCAGCCACGUGGCUCCAGCAGCCCUCUCCGGUCUCCCAAGGCUGGAGACGUUGGACCUGGGCAGCAACACACUUGGGGAUGAGUCACUCGGCCCGGAUGCUCUGACCAACCUGACCUCUCUGAGGAGGCUGAUCCUGGACGGGAACCAGAUCACCAGGGUACCGGCCGUCCUGCCGCCCUCACUGGUGGAGCUGAAGAUGAACCGCAACGCGCUGAACGCUCUCGACCCUCACUCCUUUACUGGUUUGGGAAAUCUAGUUUCUCUUGAGUUGCGGGACAAUUCCCUGGACGACAGUACUGUGUCUCCCUCAGCUUUCGAAGCGCUAGAGAGCGUUCAGGAGUUGUAUCUGGACGGAAACCGUCUGCACUCCAUUCCCCGGGGCAUGCCCAACACAGUACAGGUUCUGGGCCUCAGCAACAAUCUCCUUGAGGGAGUAUCAACGGAGGCCCUGAGUGGGUGUAUACAUUUAAAAAAGCUGGAUCUGAGUCGUAACCAGCUGCGCGAUGAAGCUAUCGCUAGCAAAGCCUGGAUCAAACUCACUGCCCUGGAAUCAUUGGAUUUGUCCUUUAACCACCUGGGUUCGAUACCCGAGAACCUGCCCCGCUCCCUUCUGCAUCUAACCAUCCAGCACAACACCCUACGCCACAUCCCUGGCUUCUCGUUCCGCCACCUACGACCGGGUCUCCGCACACUGCGUCUGUCCCACAACGCGCUGGGCGAUAAGGGCGUCGCACACGUCUCUUUUGUGGGAGCGUACCGCUCGCUGACUGAGCUCCACCUAGACGACAACGGGCUCACGGUGGUGCCGCUCAGCAUUCGGCAGUUUAAAAACCUCCAGGCCCUGCGGCUGGAUGGCAACCACAUCAGGACGGUGAAGCGGUGGGCUCUGUGUCCUCCACGUAACGCGGGCUCCAGCCUGACCUCGCUCCACCUGGAGAACAACCUGCUGAGGGAGGACCGCCUCCCCCCCAGGGCCUUCUCCUGCCUCCCGGACCCCCAGGGGCUGGUCCUGCAGCCACAGAGGGCCCCCACGCCGGACCUAUUAUAGGCUCGGUAUAGCACGACCUUAAGGCUGCUGAGACAUGCUUCUGUAUCUGUGAGUCUGCAUACGUAUGGCCAGGAUUCUUGAGAGCUGGGAAAAGCCAGGCGUGUUUUGGAUAGCCCUAAUGAUGUUAGCGAUAGGGACAGGGGGUCGGCCGAUGUUAGCUCGACCACUGAUACAUAUCACCAAUCCAGCCACGUAACGCACCCAGUCGUACUAGACACAUUUUGUCCCGAAAUGCCCAGGGUCAACUGGAAAGAAAGUGCAACCCCCUCCACAGAAUGGCGAUCUUUGUGACAUGAUGCUGUCUAUGGCCGGAAGCUGACUAUGAUUUGGUUAGCAUCCGGUCCUCCUUCUACCGAAAGACGGUUUCUGUGAGCUGUGUAUGUCAGCUAUCCAAGUGGUCAACAAUCAAAACAACCCCAAAACCUCCCUGUCCUGAUAAACAGCCACAGAAUCUCUACUUCAUCAUCCAAUGCUCUACUCUGAGCUCUGCGUUCAUCUUGUCUGCUUAGCUUGUUCCAUUACUCAAGAAUCAGUGGUGUGUGUGUGUGUGUGUGUGUGUGUGUUUUGUGUGCAGAGUGCAGACAUGUGCAUAGGUGUCAGUCAAGACACAUGUAAUGUUAAGAUACUCUGCAAAGAAUGUGUGCAAAAGCGUGUUUUAGCAUUCUUUUGGCAAUGCAGGUUUAUUUAUAUAUCGCCACCAUUCAAAGUGCUUUUUUAGGUAGGAAAUCACAUUUUAUGUUUUUUUUUGUUAAUAAAUAUAUACUGCUGCUUUCACAUCUGUAUCCUACCAAGAAUCAAAGAAUGCACAUCCGUGUCUUUUUGAAUUUCAUUGCCCUGUAUUUGUAUCCUGGGAUUUGAAAAGAAAGAAAAUUAUUGUCCAAUA